UAGAUUUGACUUUUUGUCUCAUGACUCCUCGAUCUAUCAAGUUAUUCUAUUGAUUUGAUCCUAGCACUCUGAUUAAUUUAAUUGAACCAUUGAUUCCUCGAGCACUCAAACCUUGGCUUGGGUAGUUAAGUCCUAAUUGCCUAUAUGGUAUACAUCCCUCUGAGACUAAGAACACAACGCAUCAAUCGACACCAGAUCCAUCUAUCUUUCUGGGGCAGACCGGGCGCGCUCCACUGCAAACAACUAACAGAAUGGAAGACAACUAUGAUCUCCUGGAGGAUAUACUUCAUGGACGCAAGGACCCGACAAAUCUACCGCUGCCAUUUUUAAGAUACAUCACAAAAGAUUUCUCCAAGGAGCAAAAAAUUGCAAGUGGUGGGUUCGGUGAGGUUUACAAGGGAGAACUUAAAAACGGGAUUGUUGCAGUGAAGAGGCUUUUCAAUGAAAAGACAAUGACAGAGGAGUUAUUUUAUCAAGAGGUUGAUAAUCUGAUGGCAGUUAAGCACCAAAAUAUAGUUCGGUUUCUAGGGUUUUGUGCAAAUAAAGAAAAUAUACCAAUAAAGGAUCCAAAUUCACAAGGAAAAAGAUAUAUUUAUGCCGAGAAAAGAGAAAGAUUGCUCUGCUUCGAGCAUAUCAGUAAUGGAAGUCUUCAAAGCCAUCUUACCGAUGAGUUAAGAGGACUUGAGUGGCAUAUCCGUUAUCAAAUUAUUAAGAAUAUUUGUGAGGGUUUGCGCUACCUUCAUGAUGAAAAGAAUAUGAUUCACAGAGAUCUAAAGCCUGACAACAUACUGUUAGAUGAAAUCAUGGAGGCAAAAAUUGCUGAUCUUGGUAUUUCCAAAUUCCUUGACGAUGGAGCAUCAAAAGCUGUCACUACUACCACUUGGAUGUCACAGGGAUAUUGCGCGCCGGAAAUAAGGCAGCGUCAUGAGGUCUCAUUCAAGUCAGACAUCUACAGCUUGGGUGUCAUUAUCAUUGAGCUCAUAACUGGACGUAAAAGAGAUCCCGAGGCGAAGCAUGUGCUUAGAAGAUGGAGAUACAGGUGGAAUAAAACUGAGGAAACGACAUUGAGUUGCCAACAAGUCUUAAAAUGCAUCGAUAUAGGACUACAGUGCAGAAAUGAAGAUCCCAAGAAGCGGCCUUCAAUAUCGGAGAUCAUAAGAGAACUGAAUGAAAUAAGCAGUGCUGAUGGACAGAUAAUCCCUUUCUUUAAUGACGUGCUGUGGAUCGAACCUCUCGAGCUGUUUUUUCCUUUCGAGAUUAAUAAGGAGGUAUCAUGCUCACUACAGCUAACCAACAAGACAAAUAGUUACAUUGCCUUCAACAUCCAUACAACAAGCUUAUUUCAGUACUGGAAGAUACAGCCAAAGAGAGGCAUUGUCCCACCAGUAUCAACUUGUAGAGUUGAGAUAACAUUUCAAGGACAAGACAAGGCACCUCAAGAUAUGCGGCAUGAUGAUCAGUACAUUGUGAAGGGCAUCAAAGUGAACGAAGGUCUUACAGUUCAUGAUAUAACUGAAGACAUUUUCACCAUAAAGGGGGCCCACAUAGUUGACGAGGUGAGAUUGGAUGUUGUUUUUGAUGAACAGCUAAGAGCCCCAUGUGUUUUGGAAGAUCGCAAUGAGGAUUUUUCACUGGGGGGGCUUGGAGUGUCAGGUCCAGGGCUGUACGAGUCAGAAGCAUUUGAUGUGCCACAGGUAACUGCACACACGGGGCUAGGGGAGACAAAUCCUGAGAAAAUAAGCUCAUGUCGCCAAAAGAAACUGAUCCAGGUCCACCCGCAAGAGAUGCGAUUUCCAUUAUUGCCUAGUGAGAGACUGACAGCAUCGUCCGGAAUAAAGAUAGUGAAUAUUACAGAUGAGCAUGUUGCUUUCGUUGUGAGGGAUUCUCCCCUUAACAAUGGAGAGUACAUCACCCAUCCAGAGACUGGAGUCAUGCUACCUUGGUCUACACAGGAACUCGUGGUAAAAAGGACAGCAAAGAAGGCGGUUCCACACAGGACUCAGUGCAAUGACAAGUACUACGUGCACGCUACUGCUGUGAGCAAGGGUUUCAAAAAUGUUGAUAUUGGUAAAUUUUAUGAAACGCAGACACAGAUGGGCCAAAUAUGGCACACUAUGGAGUUGGGCGUUACUCUUGAAGAAGAAUCACAACUGCAGGCCCCCGAUGGUACGCCACAGACAGAGUGCUCAGGUGCCUCAAAAAUCUUGAUUGAGGUCCACGACUCUGAGCUGCGCUUUCCGUGUUUAACAAACGAGCGGCUGUCACCUUCGUCCGCAGUUAAAAUAGUAAACCUCACAGACAACUACGUUGCUUUAGCUCCACGGAGUUCUCCCCACAAUGUGGCAUUGUACUUCCACUAUCCAAAAGGAGUAGUCAUGCCACCAAGGUCCACACAGGAACUCGUGGUAACAAGGACGGCAAAGAAGGGCGUUCCACAGGGCAUUCAGUGUGAUGACAAGUGGUACAUUUACAGCACCGUUGUAGGAGAGGAUUUCAAGAGCAGUGAUCAUCGUAAAUUCUAUGAAACAAAGACAGGUCAAAUAUGGCAUAAUGUUGAGUUGGGCGUUGUCCUUGAAGCAGCACUCCAAUUGCAAGGCUUGGAUCAUUCACAACAUGCAGAGAAAAUACCUUCAUUGACUCCAAAGAAGCUGAUCCAUGUCCACCCACAUGAGCUCCGCUUCCCCUUUCUGCGAAAAGAUAAUAUAUCAGUUUCAGCUGGAAUUAAGCUAGCCAACAUAACAGAUGACUAUAUUGCUUUUUGUAUGAAGAGCAUCAUCUACAAUGUAGCAAUUUACAACUUCUAUCCGCAAGAAGGAAUCAUACCACCAAGGUCCACACAGGAAGUUGUGGUAAAACGGGCAGUAAAGGCGGCGAUUCCGCGGAACCUUGUGUGCAAUGACGUGUGUUAUGUUUACAGCUUCACUGUCACCGAUUACAUGAAGAACAACAAUGAAAAUAAAUUCUACAGACAACAAGCAGGUGAAAUAUGGCACAAUACGGAGUUGGCUAUUGUUCUUGAAGAAACAUCCCAACUGAAGUCCUCCAAAUCUAUUAUGGAUUUGUCGCUUGCAAACAAACAAAUACGGGGCAACCAAUUGAUGGGGCAGCAGACACUGUUUAAGCCGAUGACAAGGCAGUCAGUAUCUAGCCAUGAUCAGAUGAUAGAGGCCGACCCCACCGAGUUGAUCUUACCCUUGGAACCAAGGAAGGUGGAGUUCUUGUUGAAGAUAUUGAACAUUACAGAUGACCAUGUCGCAUAUCGUGUGAGAUACACGAUUUCCAUGGCGAAACUUUAUGAUCAAAGACCAAAUAGUAUUGGAAUUCUGUCACCAAGAUCAAUGAUUUCUUUUAAAAAUACAAGGUCGUCAUCACCAGAGGGGGCACAUGAAGACAUGAAAGACACGGAGAUAAUUUAUUUGGCGAGCACCAUUAUGAGCAAAGGUUUCAAGAUGGCAGACAUCACCAAUGACCUGUUCGAUAAACCGGCAGCCGGUAGAAUAGUUCAUACUUUGAAGGUACCUGUUUUUCUUGUUGAAUCAAGUGGACCGUUAUCCUGGGAGGGCAUACGAUGCGCCAAUCAGUCAAUGUCUCUAACGGACAAGCAAGGAGAUCAAAAAGCCAACUAUUCGAAUUGUCAGGUAAUAAGUUCAGAUUGCUCAUAUGAGCUAAUCGUGGUAGACCCCCUACCAUUGUUCCUUCCUAUGGAGACAAGGAAAGUGGAAUUCUCACUUAAGAUUCUCAAUGUUACGGAUUACUAUGUCGCAUAUCGGAUAAGGUACACAGUUGCCGUAGCGAAAUUGUACGGUGCAAGACCAAAUAGUAGUGGAAUUCUACCACCACGGUCCAUGCUUACAUUCAUAAAUACAAGGUUACCAUCAGAGUGGACACAUGUAGUCAUGCAAGAGACCGAGCUACUGUAUUUGGCUACCACCAUUGUGAACAAGGAUUUCAAGAUCUGUGACAUCACACAUGACCUGUUCGAUAAAUCGGAACCCGGAAGAUUAUUGCAUACAUUGAAACUACCUGUUUAUUUUGUAGCACCAAGUGCACCACAGUCAUUGGCGAUUAAUUUUUCAAGUGCUCCAACAGACCAAAACAAAUCUGGGUUUACGUGGGUCAACUCCAUAGACGUGCAUCCAUCAAUGCCAUGGAUUAUAAUGACUCAACAAGAUCUGUAUGUUUGUAUAUGGAACUAUCACACGCAGGAAGUGAAAAGGUUUUUUCUUGGAUUUGCGGCGUCACAAGGCAUGCUUCUAAUUUUACCAGCUUAA